AUGGACGGGCAGCACGUCUGCGGGGGCUUCCUCGUGUGGCCCAAGUGGGUGAUGACGGCGGCUCACUGCCCCAUCCCCAGGACACGGCGUGGCCCCAUAGGGGUGGAUGCUCCCAUCCUGGGGGGGUUACGUGGCGCUGGAGCGGCCCCCCAGCCUCCCCGGCCCCCUUCUCCUGUCCGUCCCCGAGGGCUCCCAGCCCGGCGGUGCCCACUCACGGUCCCCCGGGGCCGCAGGCGCAACCCCUUGGUGCGCGUGGUGCUGGGCGCCCACCGGCUGGAGCAGCCCGAGGAGUCCCAGCAGGUCUUCGGCGUCGAGGAGUCCAUCGCGCACCCGCUCUACGACCCCCGCACGGUGGACAACGACAUCCGCCUGCUCAGGCUGAACGGGUCGGCCACGCUGAACAAGUACGUGAAGCGCAUCCGCCUGCCCUCGCCGCACGUCGACCUGAAGCCCGGGACCGUCUGCCUGGUGCUGGGCUGGGGGGACACCUCCAACUACGGCGAGCGCCCCGAGCAGCUGAUGGAGACCGACACCACCAUCGUCAAGCGCAGCCUGUGCCGGACGCUGUGGAGGGGCCGCGUCUCGGCCAACAUGCUGUGCGGGGCCAGCCGCAACGCCACGCUGCGGGGCGUCUGCGCGGGUGACUCUGGGGGACCUCUGAUCUUCAAGAGGAAGGUUUACGGCAUCGUCUCCUUCUCUGGGGAGAGAUGCGGGGACCGCCGGUACCCUGACAUUUACACCAAGAUCUCCAACUACAUCGACUGGGUGCACCUCAUCGUGCUCAAGCACCGCCACCCCGAGGGGCAGCAGAAGCACAAACCAGGCCCGGGGGCAGCGAAGGGUCCCGGGGCAGGCAGACUGUGGGGGCCAGCAGGGGGGCCGAGGCAUCACAACGGUCUGGCGGCUCCCAGGAGGGCAGGGAAAGGCCGGGACUCCUGGGCCCCCCUCCAGCUCCAGGGGCUUUGAUGGUCAAUGGGAACUGACAACCAGGGCUCACAGCUCCUGCCUCAGUUUCCCCACGUGCUCCAAGGCAAUGCAGGAGACUGAUUUUGACUGUUAGCGAGGAGCCAAGCAUUCCCCUCCUGCCCCCCCCCCCCAGCUUGUACAAAGAGUCCCAGCACCUUGCUUCCCGUCUCGCAGCAGCAGCAUUUUCCUUCCUCAAUAAAAGCUCCUUCCCAGA